AUGACAGCGUUCUGGCAUGGCCUCUGUGGCGGAAUCAAGGAUGAGCUGGCAGCUAAAGAUCUGGUGUCAGACCUGGAGUCCCUAAUUGACCAGACUAUCCGUCUCGAUAACCGUCUGUGGGAGAGGCGUCGCGAACGACAAAUGGACAGUCGCCCCAGUUCCGGAGUCACAGCUUCAACCUCCGCUCCGCUUCAGUGGCCUCGGGAACCUCAGAGUAACCCACCUUGUCCUGAGGAGCCGAUGCAGCUUGGCGCUUGCGGGAAAAGCCCAGCCCCGUCCAGGAGAGGGAGAACUGUGACGGGUGCGACUCUUACUCCCUCAGCCUCGACUUCGUGCCUGCAGCUCCCGGUCACCAUCUCCUGGGAGAACCAACAUCAUCCUCUUCAGGCCCUCAUUGACUCUGGCGCUGCAGGGAAUUUCUUGGAUCUCACCCUUGCCAGGGCCCUUCACCUGCCCAUCUCCAGGCUGGACCAUUCACUCUCAGUGACCGCCUUGAAUGAGUACCACGACCUAGCUGAGAUAUUUAGCAAGAAGAGGGCCACUUCCCUGCCCCCUCAUAGGCCCUUUGACUGUGCCAUUGAUCUCCUUCCAGGCUCUUUCCCUACACGAGGUAGGAUCUUCUCCCUGUCACCUGCCGAGACCCAAGCUAUGGAGGAUUAUAUCAAGGACUCCCUGACUGCUGGGAUCAUUCGCCCCUCGUCCUUCCCUGCUGGUGCCGGAUUCUUUUUUGUUGGGAAGAAAGACGGCGGUCUCAGGCCAUGCAUAGAUUACAGGGGGUUAAACAAAAUCACGGUGAGGAACCGUUACCCCUUGCCUUUAAUGACCGCUGCUUUUGAACUCCUCCAAGGGGCAACCGUCUUCACCAAAUUGGACCUCCGUAACGCCUACCACUUGGUCCGGGUCAGGGAGGGUGACGAGUGGAAGACGUCGUUCAACACACCAACGGGCCACUACGAGUACUUAGUGAUGCCGUUUGGCUUAACCGACGCCCCGGCAGUGUUCCAGGCACUCAUCAACGAGGUAUUGAGAGAGACGUUGAACCGUUUUGUCUUUGUUUAUUUGGAUGACAUUUUGAUUUUCUCCAAGUCCCUCCAUGAACAUGUCCAUCAUGUCAGAGUCGUCCUCCAGCGCCUGUUGGAAAGCCACCUCUUUGUCAAACCUGAGAAGUGUGAAUUCCAUGUCUCCGAGGUGUCCUUUUUGGGCUUCAUCCUGUCCAAAGGGAGUCUCAUCACGGACCCCAAGAAGACUCAAGUUAUCCGGGAUUGGCCCCAACCCUCUUCGGUCAAGGAGGUACAACGGUUCAUUGGCUUUGCCAAUUUUUAUAGGAAGUUCAUCAGGAACUUCAGUGCUGUUGCCGCCCCCAUGACCGAUCUCACCAAGAAGACAUCUGGCCCCUUUAAGUGGUCUCCAGUGGCAGAACGGGCCUUCCAGGAUCUGAAGGUGAGAUUUUCCUCCGCCCCAAUCCUUACCUUACCCGACCUCUCCCUCCCCUUCAUGGUUGAGGUGGACGCCUCGGAUGUGGCAGUGGGGGCUGUGCUCUCCCAGCGUCCGGCUGAUGGCAAACUCCGUCCGUGUGCCUUCUUCUCUGCUCGCCUUUCGCCUGCUGAGAGGAACUAUGAUGUUGGAGAUCGUGAGCUCCUGGCUAUCAAGAUGGCCUUGGAGGAGUGGCGCCACUGGCUGGAGGGGGCCCAACACCCUUUUGUUGUUUGGACCGACCACAAAAACCUGGAGUACAUUCAGAGGGCCAAACAGACCGCCGAGGCUGUGUGCCAGAAUGUCUUCAGGUUCUUUGGUCUCCCCCUGGAUGUGGUCUCGGAUCGUGGGCCCCAGUUUACCGCGCAGUUUUGGAGGGCCUUCUGCAAGUUGAUUGGGGCUACGGUCAGUCUCUCCUCAGGGUUCCAUCCUGAGUCCAAUGGUCUCAGUCCCUUCGAGUGCCAGUUUGGUUUUCAGCCUCCACUCUUCCCUGACCAAGAGACUGAUGUGGGUGUUCCCUCGGCCCAGAGCUUUGUCCGACGGUGCAGGCGGGUCUGGCGCAAGGCCCGGUCUACCCUGCAGCAGUCCGCACGCCAGUACCAGCCCCAUGCCAACCACCGCCGCAGACCUACACCACCGCUACAUCCGGGGCAGAGAGUCUAUCUGUCAACACGGGAUCUUCCUCUACGGGUGGAGUCCCGCAAGCUGGCGCCACGGUUCGUGGGGCCCUUCAAGAUCUUGAGGAGGAUCAACCCAGUUGCUUACCGUCUCCAACUUCCCCGGUCCAUGCGGGUCAAUCCCACCUUCCACGUCUCUCGCCUACGCCCUGUCGCCACAAGUUCUUUGGUCCCUCCAGCUAAACCCCCUCCGCCCCCCAGAAUCGUUGAUGGUGGUCCUGCUUAUUCAAUCAACCGCCUAAUGGAUUCUCGCCGGGUGGGGAGGGGCCUUCAAUACCUGGUGGACUGGGAGGGCUAUGGUCCUGAGGAGCGGUCCUGA